AUGGCCGAACGAUCGUCGACCUUUAUAGAGCUUCACGAGGACGACCCGGACCGCAUCGCAGAACGACUAUGCAACCGUUUCAGACUCUCAGUUCUGACCCUGAACAACCGCGACUACGAUCACAAGACGGCGAGCGGUCAGGAGGUGCAGUCCUAUGUCUCGCCAGAUUUUCGAGCACACUUUGACAAUAUUCCCAAGCCAAUGAAUUGGAACGAAUCUACCGAGAUGUGGCGUGCCUGGCAAGCUCGUGAUCCCGACGUCUACUUCGAAGUGAUGCAUUGCUCAUGCAACGUCAACUUGGCCAAAGGAGAGGCCAUUGUGAUUGCAGAGGUGAAGGUGACAGGCUCGGGAGAUGUGACACUCGGCGGGUUGUCUGAGGCUUCGUGGAAGCGGCAUCAAGAUGGUCGAUGGUACACCGACUUUUACAUUGGCAUCCGAGGCAAUCCACAGAAUGGAGGCUUUGUCUAG